CCAACAUCUGAAGCUCUUCUGCAUCUCUUCCAAGGGCGCAUCGCUGGGGUUUUGUUUAACAUGCAGGCUCUAAGGUGCGAGUAGCAGUUUGAGCUCAGAGGAGUCUUCUGUGUGUCUUCAUGCAUUCUUCAAGGACAGAAAUGGGCUCAGUGGGAGCGGAGCGUCGCAGGCCAACGCCGGCCCAGACGCCCGAGGAAUGGGACGGGUGGAGGGAUCGAGGAAUGGCUGGAUGGAGGGAUCCCGGGAGGGAGGGCUGGAGAGAGGGAAGGGAGAGCGGCGUGGUGCAGAGCUACAGCUUCGAUUCGUAUCAGCUGGAGGAGGAGGAGAUCAGUAAAGACGCCCCAGAGCGAGGAGUGCUGGCUCUAUCUGAGCCCGAAUUUGAGCAGCCCAUCCCUGAUGACCGUUACCAUGGCAUCUACUUUGCAAUGCUCCUGGCUGGAGUGGGUUUCCUGCUUCCCUACAACAGCUUCAUCACUGAUGUCGACUACCUACAUUGCAAGUUUCAGGGAACACCCAUAGUGUUUGACAUGAGUCUAACCUAUAUAGUGGUUGCUCUGCUGGCUGUGAUCCUCAACAAUGUGCUGGUGGAGAGACUCAGCAUGCACACCAGGAUUACUGUGGGUUACAUCUUGGCACUGGGGCCACUCAUCUUUGUCAGCGUGUUUGACGUCUGGCUGGAAAUGUUCACCAACAAGCAGGCUUACGUCAUCAACCUGGUGUCAGUGGGAGUGGUCGCCUUUGGAUGCACAGGUAGGCUUUUCCUAAAGGGAAACGGAGGGACCGCGGCGCCCGCCUCUGCUGAAGAAGGCCAGGAAGACUUUGUGGGCGGUACUUAUGUGAGAUUCGAUGCCCCGAAAGCCAAGAUGAGGAAGAGCUGGCCCGGUGUCCGCGACAUGAUCUUGCACCGUUACGUGGUGUCACGUGUGAUCUGGGCCUACAUGCUGUCCAUAGCCGUGACCUACAGCAUCACUCUGUGUCUCUUCCCUGGGCUGGAGUCCGAGAUACGGAACAACACCUUAGGGGAAUGGCUGCCCAUCCUCAUCAUGGCCACCUUCAACAUGUCCGACUUUGUUGGCAAGAUACUUGCGGCACUUCCCUAUGACUGGUCUGGGGGCCGCCUGCUCUUCUUCUCCUGUCUGAGGGUGGUCUUCAUCCCUCUGUUUGUCCUGUGCGUGUACCCGGUGGGUGCGCCCAUGCUGUCCCACCCUGCCUGGCCGUGUCUCUUCUCCCUCCUCAUGGGAGUCACCAAUGGCUACUUUGGGUCUGUCCCGAUGAUCCAGGCUGCAGGGAAAGUGCCCCCUGAGCAGAGGGAGCUGGCAGGAAAUACGAUGACGGUGUCCUACAUGACGGGUUUAAUGGUGGGCUCCUCGGUGGCGUACGCCACAUACAGCUUCAACCCUACAGCAGCAGGAGCAUGCCCCCCCCCACACGCACCUUUCAAUGCUACAGGGUACUGAAUGUCUGCAUACACUAAAACUCACACACAUAGACUUUAACACUGUAUUUAUGUGCAGCAGAAGUAAGCAUUUAAAGUUGUAGCAUCAUGAUGAAGUUUCAAAGAGGGAAAGAGCCGGAGCACCCCCCCGCCCGCCCCACAGCAGCCGGCCGGCCGAGGCUAACAUGGAUGACCUUUGAGAAUCACUCAGUGGAAUUACUGCCUGCAUGAGGACCAACAGAUUGUCUGACAUUUGUAAGGCAGAAAGGCAAGUCAUGUUUCACUGCAAGGAGCGAAGCCGAGUUUCUCUACAAGUCUGACUUGUUAUUAAUGAUGACCCAGAGACAAGGUUAAAGCGGGAGGGGGGGCCUCAAUUUAAGAAAGGAUUUAUUCGCUUACUCAUUAAGAAAAAAAAGAAAAAAGUUAUAUUUUGAGCAACUUUAGAGCGUCAUUUCCCCAAAUUGUAUGAUAAUA